AUGAAAGAUCAGCAAAGUUACAUUGCAACUCUCCUUGAUUUGAUUAAACCAUGGAGGAGUCCAAAAAUACUAGAUGGUAGGUGGCCAUCAAACCGAAAUUCCAAAUCAAAGAGAUUGGCAAGUGGAGAUUUUUUCAAUGAAGCUCUCGAUGCAAUCAGAGUAAUGAAGGACACUGGUACAACAAUUGAGAACGGAAUCUGGUAUCCUAUGACUAGAAUCCAAGAUAAUGGUGAGUGA